AUGCCACGAAGCAAUUGGGCAGUCAAGGCCUUUUGGAGUAUAGCUUUGAUUACGGUUUCCGCCGCAUUGAUCAACUACAAUAAGUACCUCAUGAGUCCAUCAAGGUUUCCAUAUCCCAUGGUGCUAGUCUCACUGCACAUGUCCUGCGGCUCCCUGCUGAGCUGUGGACUUUACAUGGCUAUGCCCACUCUUUUUACAGCUCUUACGGACCCCGACAAGAAGGUGGCUGUCGAUGCCACCUUCUUGUGGUCUCGUGUUCUUCCUGUUGGCUUAGCCUUUGCAACGUCUUUGAUUUGCAGCAACGUGGCCUAUGAGUACGCGAGCGUGCCAUUUCUCCAGAUGGUGAAGCAGAGCAACGUUAUCAUUGUUUUCUUCCUGUCUCUCCUUGCUGGCUUGGAGCAGUUUCGGAGUAAUUUGGCUCUGGUUUUGCUUUGCAUAGUUGUGGCCACGGCGUUCACUGUGAACGGGGAGCUUCGCUUUUCGCUGACAGGGUUGUUGGCGCAGCUCUGCGGCAAUUUUGCGGAGUCAUGCAGGGUGGUAAUGCAAGGUAUAUUGCUGACAGGCGCAGAAAGACUGGACCCUUUGUCAUUUGUGGCCGUGGUAUCUCCAAUUUGCGGUCUGUGCUUAGCAGUACUCCUUGGCUCCUUCAAUCAUUGGCAUGCUGCGCAGUUUGCGGCCAUUCCCAGCCUCGAGACCUUUCAACAGUGUAGCUGGCUUUUGGUAGGCAACGUUGCAGUGGCCUUUUUGCUGAAUGUGAUUACCGCCAACUUCCUGAAGCACGGGUCACCGUUGUCACUUUUGCUGACCAACCUUAUCAAGGAUGCAUUCAUUGUUGUUGCCGGCUGCGCGAUUUUCAGCGAUCCUAUCAGCAUUGAGCAGGGCUUUGCGUUCGUUGCACAGCUCUUUUUCAUCUUCCUUUGGUCGAUGAUGAAGGCUUUCCCGGACGUCUUUGAGAAGGAAGGUUUAUGGCAAGGCAUCUCCAGCAUUCUGAGCGGCAAAGUGGGCCGUCGAUGUCAAGGCAUUCCCAAGUGA